UUGCGAAUUCCGUAUAUAACCCUGUCGGGCUACGAUUAUCACAACAAAAUACCUGUGUUAUUCUGUAAGGGGAAGUAGAUAAUUUUUCAACAAGGAUGUUAGCGUGUAUUUUGUAUAGACAAUAACCUGGUUAUGAUGGCAGAACGAUCAAUACCUGUGCCCGAUUGAAGGUAAUCAAUAACACGUUAUAGUCGCCAUAUUAUUUAUGGCGUUUGUCGCAUGUUUCCUAUGUCACUGGUCGAAGCAGACGAAUCAUAUCGAACAUUCCUGCCUCUCCCAGUGUUCGUCAAUUAUGACGAUGUCAGGUCGACAUGUUAUAUAGCUUCUUGUCAAAUGGUCGGGAUUUUUUGCCUGUUCGAUUAAAUCACUACAUGUAUCUUCCGUUGCUAAGUAAAACAAGCGGUACAGACUGUCAUUUGUUGUGGAAGAUACUGGAGAAUUUGCUCUACGCCGCGAAUUGCAGCUAAAGUGGGACUUAGGACUGCAAUUGUGGAGGAAAAAAUAAGUGGAUAAAAAAAAGAGGAAAAAAGUUCUGAAGCACACUCCAUGGAUUCCACAAAGGCAGUGCUGGAUGCCAUACUGGAAGCAGAAAGUGAUUGCUGCCCACCACCCUCGCUGGUGCCGAGGGAAGAUGUGGAGUCCAUGGAGAGUGAAGUGCAGAAUGACAUGAAGCCAGUGUUUGCAUUGUUGGUUCCUCUUACACCCAGUGAAGAACCAAUGGUAUCCUCAAUGGGAUGUGCCUACGAUAAUAUAAGGUUGAUUGAAAAUACUAGUGGGAGCUGUGGCAUUUCGUUUGAAGAAUCUGUUAAUCAAGGAGAAGUCAUUGAUGAGCUGGGGAUAGGUGCAGAGGGGUCGCCACACGUCUCCAUGUGUGGUAGUCUAACGCAAGGAUUACUGUCUCAAGAGGAUGACUCAUUCAGCACAAGAUACAAUUGUAGUUUGGAGGUAAAAGAAGUUCAUGAAUUUAGCUGUAGUUUCUGUCUACAGCGAUUUCCGUCAAAAUACUCCCUCGUAAUGCAUGUAUUUAUCCACAUAGAUGGUGUGCAGCCACCUAAACAUGUUUGUAAGUCAUGUGGUGAGGUAUUUCCCAGUAAUGACAGCUUGAACAAACAUUUGAAAAUGAGCGAAGGUGAUAAAGUUUUACCUGCUGAUAAUGAUAGGACAUUUGACAGCUGUGAUGACCAUGAAAACAUUAUCUUCUUGGAAGGUGACAGAAAACUUUCUAUCAUGGUGCAGACGGAGAAGCAAUCUUCAUCCAAGGAAUGUUGGAAAAGUUCAAAGAAAUCCUUCAAUGACACACAUCACACUCAGACUGUGACAUGUGUUGCAGAGAAACCGGACUGACAUGAUCAUUCCGCAACUUCAUCUACAACAGGUAAUGUCAAUGCCAACAGUGGUUUAAUUACUCCAGAGAAAACACACAAAUGUGAUGGUUGUGAAAAGUGUUAUACUCAGUUGGGCAAGCUAAGGAACCACACGUUAAUAAACACUGGGUUGAAACCCGAAAAAUGUGGUCUCAAGAGGCAAUCUCUGAUACACACUACAGAGAGACCAUAUAAAUGUGAUGCUUGUAGCAAAUCUUUUACGCGGUUAGAACAUCUCAAGAGGCACUUACUAAUACACAUUGGUGAGAGAUCCCACAAAUGUGACAUUUGUGGUAUGUCUUUUACUAAGUUGGAUUACCUCAAGAGCCACACAUUGAAACAUACUGGAAAGAGACCGUACAAAUGUGAUACUUGCGGAAAAUCUUUUAUUCGCUUGGAACAUCUCAAGGGCCAUGCAUUAAUACACAGUGGAAAAAAAGAUCACAAAUGUGAUACUUGUGGCAAAUACUUUAAGCAGUAUAGUAGUCUGAAGAGGCACUUACUAAUACACACUGGAAAGAGACCCCAUAAAUGUGAUACUUGUGGUACAGCCUUUACUCGGUUGAGUCAUCUCAAGAGGCAUAUGUUGAUACACAAUGGAUAGAGAUGCCACAGAUGUGAAACUUGGGGGCAUAUGUUUUCCCCAGUUGGAUAAUUUCAAGAGCCACAGAUCAAACACACUGGGAUGAGACCCCACAAAUGUGAUAUCCGUUGCAAAUAUUAUAUUCUUUUGGGACAUUUUGAAAGGCAUGCAUUAAUAAAGGCAGUUAUGAUGUAAUAUUUGUGGCACAUCCUUCCCUCAGGCUAGUAACUUCAAGACUGGAGUAAGAGCAAAGAAAUGUGAAGGUAAUGGCAUUUGUUGUGCUGCUUAUGUAAUUAUUAGUGUGUGGAAUUGUGCAUUGUUUAUUUAAUAAUAUAUUACAAAAUAUCUGAGGAUGGCAAAUAUAUACCAACAGAAUGAAAUAUGUUUUUAACAUGUGUAACGCUAAAAAUUUAUAUUAUGCUUGGCGCUUAUACCAGUACUCUAGUGUGGUUUAGUGAAACACUUUUUGUGUAUAUGAUUCAGAGCUCAUGGACAUAAGCGAGCUUUUAUUGUAAUGACUUCCUAAUAUUUAAAUAUGAUUUUUACUGUGCUAACUUUCUGUGAAUAAACAUGUUUUUGCAAAA